UUCCAUGCGAGUGCACUUCCUUUUCCGUCCCCAAGUGGGCUUCGUUGUUUGUGCGAAGUCUCCAUCUUUCGUCUGUGGCUAGGGAUAAAAUAAGUGUAAAUAAAGAGCGUCUGGUGACGGAGAAAACAAAACAUGAGUUCGUAUUUGCAAGUGGCGGAAGACGAAAAUGAAGAACCCAUAGAGCUACCCACCGAAGAGGACGGUACCCUGCUUCUGACGACAUUGGCGGCCCAGUUUCCAGGGACUUGUGGAUUGAAGUACCGCAAUCCCGAGUCGCGUAUGCGAGGAGUUCGCCUCGUAGAUGGCCGGUUACACGCUCCCGAUGGCAACUGGGGGAACAAUGUUUACUUUUGUGUCUUCCCCAAGGAAAACAAGAGGAAGUCUGAUGACCAUUUGGAAAAUUCUACACCAAAGACAAAACGAAUGGAAACCAAAAUGAAGUGUUCUGAUUUGAUUGUUUUGGGACUACCGUGGAAAACUUCUGAGCAGCAACUACGUGAAUAUUUUGAAUCAUUUGGAGAAGUUUUAAUGGCUCAGGUUAAGAAAGAUCCCAAGACUGGACAGUCGAAAGGUUUUGGAUUUAUUCGAUUUGGAAGCUAUGAUGCCCAGAUCCGAGUUCUUGCUCAGAGGCACAUGAUUGACGGAAGAUGGUGUGAUGUGAAGGUUCCCAACUCAAAGGACGGCCAGAUGAUGCAGGUGCCAUGCAAAGUGUUUGUGGGCCGUUGCACAGAGGACCUCCAGCAAGAUGACUUGCGUGAGUAUUUCUCCAAGUUUGGUGAGGUGACGGAUGUUUUCAUCCCCAAGCCGUUCCGGGCGUUUGCCUUUGUCACGUUCCUCGACCCCGAGAUCGCCAUGGGCCUGUGCGGCGAGGACCACAUCAUAAAGGGCAUCUCUGUCCACGUGUCCGAGGCUGCACCCAAGAGCGAACUCAACGGCGGCCGGUCGUACGGUGGCAGCAGAGGCGGCGGCGGCGGUCGCGACCACAACAUGGGCCGGCCAAUGGGAGGGAACCACUACCAGCAGCACCACCACGGCCACGGUCAUGGCCACGGCCACGGCGGGGGCAACAUGGGUCCUGGCGGCUGGAACCAGGGCGGCCACAACAGGGGCUCCAUCGACAUGCCCAACCUGCAGGCGCUGGGCAUCGGCGGCCAGGGGGGCGGCCCUGGGGGCGGCCAGGGGCAGGGUCAGAACAUGAACAACCCUUUAGGCAUGGGGGCGGCGCUGAACCUCGGCGCCAUGCCCAUGAACACCGCUCUGAUGGCCGCCGCGCUCAACCAGGCUGGCUGGGGUCUCAUUGGCUCCCUCCAGGGCAACCAGGGGCAGCCGGCGGGGGACCAGGGGCAGCAGGGGUUUGUGGGGCCCAACCAGGGCGGGGCGGGGUUUGGGGGCGGUCCGCCUGGCGGGCCCCAACAGGCAGGGGCUCCCCCCGCGGGGGCAGGGGCAGCUGGUGGGGGGUUUCUCAGCUGGAUGAGUCAAGGGGGCGGGGGCGGGGGAGGGGCAGGGGACGCGGGUCAGGGUGGCGGGGGCCCGGGAACGAACGGACCUCAACCUCAAGGUUCGAGGACCCAAUGGGAGAGUAAACAACAGAAUUACCUAAAAUACGACGUGUGAGAGCAAGCCUGGGCUCCAUGGUGGGGUCCAGGUCCAGGUGUGUGCGUGCAGCUGGGCACAGGUGUUGGCUCCGCCCCGGGCCACCAGGGCCACCCCAUCCCCAUGGGCCCCGCCUCGGGCCACGCCUCGGGCUCGGGCCCCUCCCCGGGUCCACCCUCGGGCCCCUCCACUGCGAUCGUGUGGUGCCCAGCAAGAACUGAGGUGUACAUGUAAAAGAAAAGUCAAGUGCGUUUCUCUUAGAAAUUGUGUUGUUCUUUGUUUUAUUAUUUUUCUUUCUUAGACUCCUUGCUGUCGUGGAGUUUUUGAGAAUAUACUAUGUACAUAUAUCGAUCUGUAGGCUCAAACAGAUUAGUUGCCAGACGGGCAAUUUGCAAGCUAUUAAUUGUUAAAUGUGUGUGCAUGGGUGGGGUGGAGCGACUUCACAAAGAAGUAAACAUAGUAGAGCUUCUAUUUCUGAGUCAUAUGCGUUGUCGUUCUUUGCCUGCAGCAGUAUUGUGUGGUUCUUCAAUUUCGUUGCUUUCUUAAAGCAUCGUGCUUCGUAACACUGUAUGAUUUCUUCUUUUGUUUGUGUAGGGAUCUAAAUCAUGUAUUAUGACCCUUCAAGCGAUAAAUUUGUUAGUUUUCAGUCAAAGUUUAUUUUUCAUUGCUUACAGUAUGAUCUGGUUCAAAGUCUUAUUAUUAUUGUAUAGAAAUGAAUUAUCACUUCCUCAUUAGUGAGAUAAUGUGUGUAUGUGUUAAAGAGAACUUGUAUGCCCUGCCCAUGUCUGUCCUGGCAUGUCAACAAAUCAGGAAGUGUGCAUAUUGUUGAGCUUUGUUACUAUGAAUAUUACUAUAUUACGGAUGGAAAGAAAUUCAGAGUGCCGUGUAACUUAUUGGGAGCAAGUUGUGAAAGCCCUGUUGACCAAUUAAAGUUGUGGUACCAAUAGGAGCUUCUCAUAGUUUUCAAUUUUGUUUUUCUUUGUGUGCGAGUGUGUGUGAGUGUGUAUAGACUUUCAUGUUGAAUUGUUUUCAUUCAUUGACAAAUUCCCACAUUUCGUCCUAGAGGUGGAUUGGGAAAAGUGUUUUGUGGUGUUGUGCGUGUUGCUCCUUUUGGUACCAUAACUAUUCAGUGUGCCUGAGAUGUGCGAGAAUUGAAUUUCUUCCUUCCGUGUGCUUGGUGUGAGUGUUCUGUUACAGUCUGAGAAGUGUGUGUCAAUUAUUUUGUUUUUGGUGUGGAAUGAAAACCAUCAAACAGUACAAAUGGGAACUAUGAAAUUUAAUUAUUAAAAAUUAAGUUUAGUGAGCAUGUACUGGACAUAGUAAUUUCAUUUUUUUACUUUUUUUUUCAUUUUUAACUGUUCUGAUGGUUUAUGUGUGUUCAUAUAAAGAAAAUAAAAGCAUAAAACAAGUUUUAA